CGAAAGCUGGAAGUGCACCUGUGCACUGCUGUGCACGGGUUGGGUUCAUCGUCGAGCGUCAGGCGUCAGGCGUCAGUCCGGCAGCCUCAGCGGCCUCAGCUGUCCUACUACGUCUCGCUCGUAACGGACGUUGUCGGAGCGCAGGAAAAUGGCGACCGCUGUGCCGUCUCGAUUCGCCGUCCUCAGCAUCGAAGACGACGAUUACAAGCCGAAGAAGACGCAGAAGAACGCGACGACGAGCAAGAACAAUGCCAAGAGCAAGAGCGACAAGUCCAAGCCGCAACAACAGCAGCAACCGAACAAAAAAAAACAGAACAAAGGAAAAAAGAAGAAAACGAAUAACGAUGACCAACAGUGGGAACAGUGGAAGCAAAAGGAUACUAUGGCUGUCGAAGAAACGUUUGAGCAAGAAUUGCACCAAGCCAUCCUGCUGUCAAAAUUGGCAUAUGAAGAAGAAUUGGUUAGCGUAGCGAAAAAUGAAAAAGAACAAGAACAGAAUAAAAAAUCUGGUAAAAAGUCGAAAAAAGCGACUAUGUCAUUGGAAGAGUUUAAUAGCAUGGGAACAAGUACGACAGUAGUACCAACAAAUGAGCCUACAGAUAAGUCAAGAGAAGUAGACACAGAAUUUUUUGAGAGAGUAGAAAAGGAGACGAAAGAAGAAAUAACAAAGGGAAAAGAAAAAGAUAUAUUGAAGGCCAGAUUAAAUAAAAUCGACGAUGACAUAACAUUUGCACAGUUGAGAGUAGAAAUUGAGAAACGUGAUGAAGUAAUUGGCCAAUUGAGGGCCGAGGUACACAUGUUGAAAGAAGAAUUGACACAAGUUAAAGAGAGAAAUAAAAAACUUUAUCAAAUAUUGUCACAUGGUGAGAUGAAGGAUAAAGCAUCGGUAUUGGCUGAAGUUGCGAAACUACAAGAGAUACGAGAUGAACUAACAUCCGAGGUAGCUUCUUUACAUGCUCAACUAGAGCAAGAAAGAUCUAAAACACGUACAUCAAGUGUAGAUGUAAAAACAUCUAAACAAACUAACAAGAAGAGGCCGGCCAGUGAAAAUGCCUAAUUCGUUUUUCAC